AUGGGCGGCUUUCAUGCCGAUGACAAGCGCAUAGUGCGUCUAAUAUCAAUUGCUACACAAAAAUUCAUGUCUGAAAUAAUAGACGAUGCACUGCAGCACUCUAAGGCACGCACACAUUUGCAAAACUCGAAUACACCUGGCGGUUCCAAGGCCAAGGAUCGCAAGUUUACUCUAACUAUGGAAGAUUUGCAGCCAGCCUUAGCUGAUUACGGCAUUAAUGUGCGCAAAAUGGAUUAUAGUCAGUAGUCAAUUAAAUUUAGUUAAAGAAAAUAAACAAGCACUUGCUCUAAAUUAGUCAAAAAUU